UGGAACUGGGACCAGUCCCUCUUCUUCUAGUGCAGGAACUGUGAUUACCAGCAAGAGGCUGAUAACAGCUGCAUUUAUGUCAACAAGAUCACCCAUGAAGUGGAUGAACUGACCCAGAUCAUUGCUGACGUGUCCCAGGACCCCACCCUGCCCCGCACGGAGGAUCAUCCCUGCCAGAAGUGA